AUGCUACUAACAGAAAGUGGGAAGAGCAUCAGGUACAAUCGUGUCAGGGAAUUAAAACUUUGCUUAAAUUGCCUCAAAUCUGGUCAUUUUGUUACACGGUGCAGGAUAACGGCUUUGUGCAACAAAUGCAACGGUAAGCACAAUACUUUACUUCAUCAUGAGGCUAUAGAGCAAGGGGAAAAUUCGAAAGGUUCUGAUGCAGUUGUUACUUUAUCAUCCUUUUCUUCAAAUAUGGUGUUGUUGUCUACAGUAAGUCUCGAGGUUUUAGAUAAGACUGGUAAGCCACGACUAAUAAGAGCUGUGUUAGAUUGUGGGUCACAGUCGUCUUACGUGACAUCAAAUUUAGUGAAACAGUUGGGUUUACCGGAAACUCCAAUUGAAAUAAAAAUGGUGGAAAUUCCUCAGCAUCUUAGGUUAGCUGAUCCUCAGUUCAACAAAGCGUCUCGAGUAGAUAUGCUAAUAGGUGCUGAUAUAUUCUGGAACCUAUUGUGUGCUGACCAAAUAAAUCUAGGAUUGAACAAAUCUGUCCUCCAAAAAACAAAAUUUGGAUGGAUAGUUUCAGGGCCUUUAGGUGUCGGUGGGCAGGAAAAAUUUACUCAUUGUAACUUAUCCGUUGAGAAUGACUUACAAAGGCAGGUUUGUAAGCUGUGGGAGAUAGAAAAUGAAUUCUCAGAAAUUCGAAAAUUCUCGAAAGAAGAACAAAUGUGUGAGGAUCAUUUCACAAAAACAGCGAGACAAGAUGAAGAUGGACGUUUUGUGGUGUCUAUUCCAUUAAAGAGUUGUGUGAGUCUGUUAGGGGAAUCUAAAAAUCGAGCUAUUCGACAGUUUCAGCAGUUAAAGCGCAAAUUUGCGAAUAAUAUUGAAUUCAAGAAUAUGUAUGUAGAGUUUAUGGAGGAAUAUGGAAGAAUGGGUCACAUGACUAAGGUGAAUGGCAAAGAUCAGGUUGAAUGUGCAUACUAUUUACCUCAUCAUGGUGUUCUGCGAGAAAGUAGUGAAACCACUAAAUUGCGGGUGGUAUACAAUGCAUCAUCUCCUACUACAACUGGCUACUCUUUUAAUGAUCUUCAAAUGGCAGUAUACGUAUGUAGCGUGUGCAGAUAUUGA